CUUCAGGACGGGAUCAGCAGCGAACUGUGUGUCCAGAACCUCUGACACCGAUAUACACUGACCGAUGAAGGAGGGAACAUCUGGAGGUACUCUGACAUGGUGGUGAAGGUCUGGAUGAGGGACAGAGAUCACACACUUGAGCAGAGACAAUGACAGAGGCAGUCACAUCUAUUAUUGCUGCUUUGAGUGGAAAGUCUUUUACAACAGGCGGCAUAUCAAAACUCAAAGGAUUGUAUUUCUUCAUCAGAAAUUGUUUUCUUGGCUCCCUUUGGUCCAACGCAGCCAGCAGGGUAAGUGCUUAUUAAAAGUACAGCAGCGACACAACAGCUGCGACUAUGUCAAGGUCUGAGGAGGCAGUCAGAGUCUGAGACAGCACGUAGGAAAACACAUAUUUCUUGUUGCUGGAAGAAGCCGGAAAACAGAAGGAAAACAGGAACAUCAGAGGAGGGUCUGAACACCUCUGCUCCAUCCUCUGCUCCAGCUGCAACUUCAGAUCCUGAACUAAACACAGAAUCACACCCUCAACGAGUCUUUCAUCAGCUGCUGCAAUAACAGUCGUUGCCAUGGCGUCGGCGGCUCUGGAGCUGAUGGGUUUCUUCCUGGGUCUGCUGGGUCUUUUGGGCACCACGGUUGCCACGGUGCUCCCGUACUGGCAGAUCUCGGCGCACAUCGGCUCCAACAUCGUGACGGCGGUGGCCAACAUGCGGGGCCUCUGGAUGGAGUGUGUGUUCCAGAGUACGGGGGCCUUCCAGUGCGAGACCUACAACUCCAUGCUGGCGCUGCCCCCCAACCUGCAGGCGUCCCGCGCGCUCAUGGUCAUCUCCGUGGUGCUCUCCAUCCUCGCUAUAGCCAUGGCCGCCCUGGGGAUGCAGUGCACGCUCUGCCUGGAGGGGUCCGGAGCCGUGAAGAGUCGAGUAGCAGGAGCCAGCGGGGGGAUGUUCUUAUCCGCUGGCUUCCUGUCACUCAUCCCGGUCGCGUGGACCACCCAUGAAGUGGUCCAGACCUUCUACCAGCCCAACGUGCCCACCAGCAUGAAGUUCGAGCUGGGGGAGUCUCUGUACGUGGGCCUGGCCUCCUCGCUCAUCUCCAUGCUGGGCGGGGCGAUGCUGUGUGUGUCGUGUUGUGAUGAGAGGGAGGAGGGGGGGGGGGGGAGGAGGCUCGGGGGGGGAGGGUACCCGUAUCCUGGGGUCCCGGGACAGGGGGCACGGAUGACCUCACAGACCUACCACAACCCCAUCCUGCAGGCGGGGGGCGGGAACAGGCUGAGAACCACCAGCCACAGCUCGCAGGCCAGCGCUCAGGCAGGGCAGGGCGGCAAGAAGCCCGCCGCAGGAUAUGACAUCACAGGAUACGUCUGAGGCCACUCCGUCACACCUUUAAAUGUGGCUCCGUGGCAACUUUUAUUAUAUGUAUUUUUGUAUUUCUGCGCAUUUAUGGACAAACUGAACACACAACUUACUCUGUGGGGGGGUCUUUAAUUUGUUUAAGGGGCCCUAUUAUAAUUGUUUGGGUUUUCCCUUUCCUGUAGUGUGUUAUAUAGGUUUUUUGUGCAUGUAAAUGGUCUGAAAAGGCUAAAAUCACUCCCCCCCCCUGCCUGAAAAUGCCUCCAUUGGACUCCUCUGUUUACUUUCGCAACAAAGUGACAUCACUAUGUAACACUCGCGCGCUUCCAUUAGCUAUAGCGUACGUGAUAGGCUAAGGGGCGGGACAUCUCUAAGCGCUUGAUCAAUCAGAACAGAGCCGGCCAGCUAACCAAUCAGAGCAGACUGGGCUCUGGUUUCAGACAGAGGGUGACAAGAGGUGCUGCAGCACAGACAGUAUGAGAACAAUAAAGAGCUUUUUGAACAUUAAAGCAUGGAGACAUGUAGAGACACUACAUACUGAUAUACACCUGAAC